AUGGGAAAGCCAUACAGAGUAAAGGUCCGAUCUGGCCGAUCCAAGAGCAGGUUGCCAAAAGGCACAACGUAAGUUCGAUGCUACAAUAGGAAAUAAUAUACUGUUAUAGAUCAUCAAGCAACCCAACUGUUUCUCGAUUCCGAGAUCUCGCAAGGGCCCAGAGGGAUGCCCGAAAAGCCCCUUUGAUUGCUGUAGAUGACCGCGUGGAAUCUUUAAAUACGGGAGAAGAUCUGGUUUCAUAUGUUCCUAUUGUAAGUUUUCAUAUUUUUAUCAAUGAUGCGUUUAGAAUUCAAUGUCCAUCAAUGGAGACAGCAGCAAGUCGAUGAUCUCGGAGGGUGGUAUGUCUAGACUUACUUCCUUCACAAAUUGCACCAAUGCCACAUUUGCUGCCGUUCAUCGAGAAUGGAGAUCGGGCUCCCAUUUACAUUCGGAUGUGAUUGCUGUUCUUGCUGCCGUAGCUCAAGCAAUCAAAGAGAGAAACGGAUCUGAGACAGACGAAGAAUACUUUAUGGGUCUCUUGGCUAUUAUUGACGUUGCGCCUUUGGACGAAGUGGAAAAGUUAGCUGCUGCUUCUUAUUUGUUCUACCUUGUUAUUAAGAAGAUGCCGAAAGAAUAUUUGAUUCACAAUUUUGGAUACGUCAACCAGGUAGGGACUUUUAUUUUAAUUUUGUUAUUUUUAGGUUUUAUGUAACAAAAUAACGAAACUGGAAGGUCAAAAUGAGGCGGUUGGUGUCAAGUUCUUGUUGUCGGCAAUGGGACACCUUUUAAGAGCGAUGCCCUUGAGUACAUGGAAGCAACAAACAUUGAAGUAUGAUUGUUCUUUUUGUUUAUUUUACUUUUUUAGAAAUUCUAUUCUUCUGGUCAUCGUCUUCUCCGUUCAUGAUAAUCCUGCAGUCAGAACAAUCAGCAGAAAAGUGACAAGGAGUAUUUUGACUGACCCUGUGACCUGUUUUGAGACAGGAAUACAUCCUGCAGCUAAAGUUGCUGGAGAAAAGAUCUUGGCCGAUCUCUGCAAGGAAGCCACCCCAAUUGUUUUGACAAGAUUGCUUUGCCUAUUGGAAGGAAUCCUUCACAAACAGCCUGAAAUAAUCUUUACGUCCUUAACGUCUCAAGUGUUAGAGUUGGCCACAAAGGCUGAUCCAAUGGUAAAUAUUAGAAUCUUCACAUGGUUGUUUAUUUUUACUUUCAUUUUUAUUUUUUUAGGUACGUUGUGCGGCUCUUCAGUGUGUCCACAGAACCCUCCAGCGUCAACCAUCAGACUCGACCCUCUCAAUUCUCUCCAAUGAACGUCUCGUGGGUGUUCUUCGUUCCUUCCCCGUUCCCGCUGACACUGCCGUUUGUGCCUAUUGGCUUCAAGCUUUUGUUGAAUCUCACAUUUGUCUGGCUGCUAAAGAUCAGAUUAAGAACGAACACUUACUUGGGGAGAGUAUGGAAGUUGUUAUCCGCGCUUAUCAUCGAGGAGACGGUGCACUGGGAGAAACGAUCAAAGCAGGGGUCUCAAGAAUUAUCCAACGGUGCAUCCAACAGAACGCAAAGAAUGCCGUUAAGUGCUUACAAUUAUUGGACAUGGCUCUGUUGCCUAACAACACUGCUAGUUGGCAUUUCAUCUUACUGAAUAUUGCCGAGUUAUUCGAAGAAGCCGGGUCAGCUGUGAUGGGACGCGUAUUUGAUGCUACACUACAGACUUUAGCCGAAUUGAGAGAACGCGAUACUGCUCCUGGAAAACCCGAUGGGUUUUGUUCGGAGGAAAUCGAAGCCAUCUUUGGAGCCGCGGUCAGACAUGUUGAUUUGGAACGAGUCAUCAAAACUGUAUCAUUAGGUUUGGAUAUGGAUCAACCAGUUCUGGCUACGGGCUUUAAGAGAUCCUGGCUCUUGCUUGUUUUUAAAGGACACAUCAAAAGAGCUCCUCUAGCCAUCUUCACCAAGUUUUUCCUUCCGUUGGCCAUUUCGAUCCAUUCCCGUGUAUCGAGUCUGGAUGGGAUCACAAAGAAACUUUACACAAUCAUCGAGCACCAGAUCUGGGAUCUUUUACCAGGUUUUUUGUCUGCCCCGGUCGACUUUGAUCAGCUUAUUCAUCAGGUGGCCCCGAUCCUUGGAGCAGCUUUAAAUGAACGCCCUGACCUUCGACUGAGAGUUCUGGCGGGUAUUCGAGCAAUGCUAAAGUUUGUUUCGGGACCGGAUUCGAGUGAUGAAAGUGCCGAGAUUGUCAGAAGAUAUGCCAAAAACUUUUUGCCUUUGCUAUUUUUACAUUACACUACUGAAGCUCCAUCGGAAGAAGAGAAGCGACAAGUCGAUCACAGAGAGGUUCAAUUGUCAGCCCUGGAAACGAUUAGAUUGUAUAUUCCUUAUGUGCCGGACGAGUUAAUCGGCAAAUAUGCAGAUGCCGCCAUUCAGAAGAUCAACGAUGCAAACAGUUCGCAAGACCGAAAGGUAACCUUUCUGUGUUCAAAUUUAUAUUUUUAUGGCUUUAGUUAUUGUUAAUGGAUAUUCUCGUCGCGUUGACAAAGGCAGUGGAUUCCGACUAUGCAUUGAAGUUGUUCGAAACUAUAAAGCCUUUCUUCUCGGUUAAAACAAACCGACAGUCUUUGCAAAAGAAGGCUUACCGUGUGCUCUCGGAACUGUAUUCACGACUGAACGACUCUUCAUUACAGAUUUUUUUUGAAAAAUCCCAGACGUUUGUUGAAGAUUUGUUGGCCAAUGGAAAGGCUUCAGUUGCGCCGAGCAGUUGGGCUGCUCGACUUGUUGUCUUCAAAUCUGUAAGUGCAAUGUCGACUUAUAUUUAUAUUGUUUUAGAUCUUAAAUUCGCUGAAAACAGUUGAGGAAGUAAACAAAUUCACUGAAGUUGUCUUUGAUCAGGUUGUAAUGUGUCUGGAUAAGAGCAGAAGUCAAGCAGUCCGUCAUAACGCGGUUAAAUGCUUCCAGGACAUCGUCAGUUCCCUUCUUUUCUUUGGAAAUGAGAAUGAGUAAGUUAUGUUAGUUUGUCAUAAAUAUUUAAUUUUUUUAGAAUACACGCUAGUCAAGUGCUUGAUGGCCUUGUCACCAAGAUAUUUGAGUUCUCCGGAGUCAAAACCAGAAGUGAAAGCGAGCCUCUUGAGAAAGUCAGAGCUACCCUUAUCGCGUACAAUGUCUUGGCUCAAACUCAUUUAAAGGAUAUGAAUGCCGCCCUCACUGCUCAAUUCCUCCAGAAGACCUUCUUGUUUUUGAAAGAUCGCCGUUCUCCCAUCAGGGUUUUGGCCAUUCGAUUGAUCAGAAUUUUCUGCAAGAAGAUGCCGGAAUAUUCAUUCAGACAAUAUCAGGUAUAUUACCAUCUUUGUUCGUUUACUUUCUUUUAGGACUUAAUCUUGGAUAACAUUUUCAACUGUCAAACAGCCGAUGAAAACACAGUAAACGUGAGGAGAGCCAACAAAGUUUUGUUCACCCUACUUAUCGACAUCGUUGGGGUCGAAGUUUUAUGUAAAUAUGCGAAUAAACAACAAGGAUGGGGCAAGUUCCUGAGGAAAUUGGACAAGACGAGAAGGAAGAAAUUGGGUGAGAAUGACCUCCCAUCCAGCUCUAAGUCAACUGUAAAUGGAGAAGAUGAUGGAGUCACCGUUGUCUCCGAAUCGAGAACCAUCAAAGCAGAUUCUAUCUUCCAAUUACUGGAGGAUAGUGACGAUGAAGGUGAACGGGACACGGAGGAGAAGAUGGAAAGGAGAUCGGCGGUAUGGAUCAGGGAGAACGUGGACGAUGAAGAUGAUGUGGUCGAUCUGCUGGACAGGAAGUCCGUUCUCAACAAGAUUGUAAUGGAGAAACCCAAAGAGAAUAAAGAAGAGGAUAAGAGCAAGAAGAAGUCUCUCAAAGGCUUCAGAUUUGCUUCCGAUGGAAGAUUUGUGAUUGAUGAUGAAGAUCAGAGUGAUAAAAAGAAAAGAAAAGAUGACUUCAGUGACGAUGAUGACGAUGACGACCAAGAAAUGGAAAUGGAUGAAACCAAUAAAAGUAGAGUCUCGGUCUCCAAAACAAAGAGUAUUAUUGGCUCUGAGGUAAGCGAUUUAGCCCGUUUUUAUGAUUAAAACACGUUUUUUGAGAAUUUGAAGCUCUAUGAAGCGGUGUGGGGUGGAAUUUGACCCUAUGUUUUUUUUUUGAUAUUAUAUCGUCGCUAUUUUAUAUACGUCUACGAAGUUUUCCCCAAGUCUGCAUACCGGAAAUAAUGACAGUUCAAUUUCUGGGAAUAUACGGAAAAUGAGAGUAGGAAUGUUGGGGGAAAUGCACAGACAGGUAAUCUGGCCGCGAAGCUCCGCAAAAGUUUUUGCAGAUGGCCAAAAAAGUCCUUCCUCUAAUCACUCUUUGAUUUUUAAUACAAGUUAUAGGCCGUAUAUUCCCAAGAAUUCACACGUCAUUAUUUCCGUCAUGGUGACAUAAUUUCUUCGUAAAAACUUUAGAGGGGUGAUGUGGACUAUGUAGGCGACAAUAUAAGAUCAAAAAAUAGGAAACAUUUCUAGCGUACCCCUUGCUUCCAGACCUCGCGAAGUGUUUUAAUAACAAUUAUUAUUUUUAGGUGGCGUCUGAAUACACUACAGGAGGAAAAGGCAUUCAUCGGAACUUGAGAGGUACUCUCAAAGGUGGAGUAUCCAAGAAAUCUGAGAUCAGGGGAGGAAAAAAGGUGGAGCCUUAUGCUUAUAUUCCAUUGAGGCAGAAACACGGUCGGAAAGUGGGUAUUAAAAACGUUGUUAAAAACAGAAAAAAGAAAAAUUAG